AUGUACGAAGAAGAUGAAAAAACAUUCACUGUUUACCCCCACAAAAAAAUAAAAAAUGAUCAAAAGCUAGUUAAAAAUAUGGAAGAACCGUCAUCAUCCUGGGAUGUAUUAGAAAUCAUGGUGUUAAAGACAGAAAUACCAAAUUUUCCACUAGCUGUUGCGUCAAUGAAAACUCGUGUGUAUCAUACUGACACAUCAUCAGAAGUCGAAAAGAUGAAGGAAAAAAGAAUUAUAAAAAAACGUAAGAUAUCGUCAAGUGAGGAUGAUUUAAAUUCAAUAUUUGACGCAAAAAGUGGAAAAGGCAAGAAAAAAUCCAAAAUUCUGAAAGAAACAGUAGUGAGGGCCGAUAAAGUCGAUACACGUGAACAGAGCAGAGAGAAAGUAAUGCCGAGCACAUUGAAAGAUGUGACUAAUUCAAAUAUGAAAACUACAAAGAGCAACAGUUUCACCACACAAAAGACAUUUAGACCAAAAACAACAGAUGCAUCUCAACCUGUUAAUCAAGAAUUUCAAAACAGUUUCAUUUCCAUGACUAGUUCAACAAGUGAUAGUGAUAACAAUGAAGAGCAAGCUAAGUUUCAGAAUGCAAAUGAAAAUCAAAGAAAUGAACUAGAAGAAUAUCAAGAUAACAAUCAAUACAUGGAUUCUAUGGAAUUUGAGGAUGUUAUGUCAUCGACUAAAUUGAAUCAUAAUGAAAGUAUCGGAAGCCGGCUCCAAAAAAUUGAAGAAAACAUCAGUACUAUGAUGAAGAAUCAAUCUUUAAUAUUGCAACAUUUAGAACGAAUAACUUUUCAAGGUGUUAACACUCAUGGAGCUCCACCAGUUCAUAACUCAACCGCUGAAUUAAGAUCGAUCUGUCCAAUAAGUGAUGAGAAGUUUUUCAAUGAGUUGGAGAAGAAACUUAGUACUUAUCUUAAAGAGCCAAAUAAGGACAAAGAAUUUGUCAAGAAAAGAGCAUCAAUGGUCGAUUACUACAAGAAAAGAAUUCGCGCUGUUGGAACAGCUGCACCAAAAAACAGCAUAAUUAAAUCUUUGAUUGAAAUUUAUUUCGAUAGCGAGUUUAUAGACAAAAUAUCCUGGCAAGAAACCAAUGGACGAUUUUCAAUAAAAAAUGCUAUCGGGCAUUUUGAUUUGUUCUUUGAUAUCGUUGAAGCUCAUUUACCUGGAACCUACAGCUCAUCGGAAGAUGCUUCAACAGCCGUCAAAAUUUAUUUACAUCGACGAAGAGAAAAUCAAGCUAAGCAUUUGAAGUUGACUAAUCAAAAUCGUUUAAAUGUCGAGGAAAAUCAAGAAAAUGAGUAA